CAAGAAAUGGGGACCUGGAUUUUGUUUGCCUGCCUUUUGGGAACAGCCUUUGCUAUGCCUCUACCACCUCAUCCUGGGCACCCUGGUUAUAUCAACUUCAGCUAUGAGGUGCUUACCCCUGUGAAAUGGUACCCGAACAUAAUAAGACAUCCGUACCCUUCCUAUGGUUACGAACCCAUGGGUGGAUGGCUGCACCACCAAAUCAUUCCCGUGGUGUCCCAGCAGACUCCCCAGAAUCACGCCCUGCAGCCUCAUCACCACAUCCCCAUGGUGCCAGCUCAGCAGCCCGUGGUGCCCCAGCAACCAAUGAUGCCAGUUCCUGGCCAGCACUCCAUGAGUCCAACCCAACACCACCAGCCAAACUUCCCACUGCCCGCCCAGCAGCCCUACCAGCCCCAGCCCGUCCAGCCGCAGCCUCACCAGCCCAUGCAGCCCCAGCCCAUGCACCCCAUCCAGCCCUUGCCGCCACAGCCACCUCUGCCUCCGAUGUUCCCCAUGCAGCCUCUGUCUCCCAUGCUUCCUGACUUGCCUCUGGAAGCUUGGCCAUCAACAGACAAGACCAAGCGGGAGGAAGUGGAUUAAAAGAUCAGAAAAAUGAGAGAACUAAAUUAGAUAUUUCAGUUGCUCUUAGGAAUGUCACAAGAACAUAUUGAUUUGUGCCUACAAUAAGUUUACUAGUAAAUUCUGUAACUAAAAUAAGUACCAUUAGAAUCCAAUAAAAUGUUUUUAAAAUU